UCUGAUUAGAACUGCAGAUUGGGUUGACAGCUUUCAGAUUCCAUGGGGAACAUUUCCUGAAGACUUGAUGCAGUGCUUGGAGAGAGGGAAAAGGCCAAGCCCACGUUUACGGCGUGAAAUGAUCCGGAUUGUUGUCUCUGCAAUGAUGAACACUUGUGCAUCUCCAAGUAAACUAGAGUCUACAGAAGUUGCCAAAAAAAUUGUUGCCAAGUAUCCACAGUCCCUAAAAGAUGUCAUAGAAGGUGAGGUAGUGGGAGCAGGAUAUCACUCACUAGUCAAACAGCUACAAGCCCGUAUUGACAACGUGAAGCGGCCUUCAGCAUCAAGGAUUAAGAGGCGUAAACCGGAAACGGGUGACUCAGACACAGAUUAAAUCCCAGCUGAGCAAAGGGCAGUUGUUCAGGACACAUAUGGCUGCAUAAAGUGGAAUUUGAAGUUCAUGCCAGUCAGUGAGACAUUGGAAAGCCAACAGGAGAAGAAGGAUAAAAUGAAGAUGCUUCGUGAACAGCAUACUUUCAGUCCAGAAGAGGUAAAAGCCCUUAUGAAGUGCACUUACUACUCCCAACGUCAAGCAAUAAACACAGGAACAGAUCUCCAACACCUAAUAGAAGAAUGGCCUUUUUUAUUUGAAGAAAUUGGGAUGACUGUCCAUUUCCUAGAGCUCACAGGACUACCACUUAAGGAUACUUUUCUCAAUAGUGUAGAAAAAAAGGGAAAACGGCUUUUGAACUUUAUGACAACUGUCUGUGCAGACAAGACCAAACGGGUCUUGGAGACUGCAAUAAAGAUGAAAUUUCUGAGAGGGCCGUUGGAGGGCAGCUCAGGUGACAUCAAGGAUAUGGUGCUGCUUAUUCUCUCCUACUUCAAUGAAAAAGAGGAGCACCUCUUCCACUACGUAGAGGAGACAUGCCUGGCAAAUGAAGUCCAAGUGGAAGGCUUGCCUGUGACCCCUUGCAUCAUUGUAUGUGGAACCUGCUGCUAUGGUGCAAGGCAGUUCAUGCUCAGCAUAGACGGCAAGAUUGUGAACGACCAAAUUUCCAACUUCACCACUGCAAUCUGCUAGAUGUUUGGUAGCUACUACUGCCUGAACAUCCACUAUCCAGUAGAUCUGGGUUCCACGCUUGAGUUCCUUCAGAGGUGUUUCUUCAACAUCAACCCUGAGAGGGGCACAAAAGUUGAAACAAAGAAGAACAAGAAGCAGCUGACAGUAAACCCGAGAGUCCUCACCCUCAUCGCUGAUCUCGCUGAUCAUGAAUGGAGACAGACAAAUUAAACUGUGAUGUACAUUUUGAUUGCCUACCUUUAUUAUUUUGAAAAUGGAAAAUUCUAGUUGCAAAUUUAGAUUUUAAUGUAAGUUUUACAUUAGUGAAGUGUUACGGGUUUAAAGUAAAUUGGCAUACUGUACAUUUAAGAUAUGUUUGUGAUCGUGAUUUUUCAUAAUACAGUUUCAAGUGUAAGUGCGGAGUAAUUUUAACCCAGGUUCUUUUUUCAACAUGACAAAAGGUCGACCAGCCCUUCAAGAGACAUAUUUCGUUGGUCAGAGUUUGACUGUCUUCGGUGCUAACAGCUCAAACAGCGCUAACAUUGCAGUGCUAAGGGCGGUGCGCCAAACUAAUCAAAAUCGCAUCAUAAAACUGAUCAAUGAAAUCUGUCUCUCAAAGGGCUAGGUUGAAAUUACUCUGGACUUAUACUUUAAGUUCGUUAUUUUUGUAAUUGUACAACACAAACAGUUUGUUAAGUGUGUACCACCAGUUUGUGUUUAUUGGAUGGAACGACUGUAAAUCCUCAAAUAAUAACUAUGCAAAUGUUAGAUUAGUGUUCUCAAAGGGCUGGUCGACCUGUUUUAUGCCGAAAAAGACCCUGGGUUGAAAUUACUCCAGACUUGCACUUUAAGUUUGUUAUUUUUGUAAAUUGACAAACACAAACAGUUUGUUUAGUGUUUGCCACCAGUUUGUGUUUAUUGGAUAGAUCUACUGUGCAAAUGUUAUAUUAGUGUUCUGAAGUCAGUCUUUUCAAUUACUAUGCUGGAAUUAGAUUUUCUGAACAUUCUCCAGACUGUAACCAACAACUUUAAGAAAACUGCAAUAAAAUACUGUGAUAUAUGA